CUUAAUUAUAGCCAAGUCUUACGUAUUUUAAUUUAUAAUUUAAAAAACCCCACAAACCCUGUUUAGGAAACGGUUUCAGGAAGUGGUUUUUGCUCUCUGCCCCGUUCAGUGUUCAAUUCAAGAUGGCAGGGCUUUCUUUAUACUUUGAAGACGGUCAUGAUGAUUUGGAUGAUUUUGGAUUUGAUGACUAUGGUACAGAGUGUGAUGGGAUUCGGAUAACUGCUUUUCUGGAUGCUGGGCAGGACAAUCUAACACCACUGGGCCGUCUGGAAAAAUAUGCCUUCAGCGAGAAUGUGUUCAACAGGCAGAUCGUGGCGAGGGGGUUGCUGGAUGUCUUGCGGGAGUUCAGCGACAAUGAAAAUGAUUUCCUCACAGUCAUGGAGACUGUUGCCAGGAUGUCAGAAGAUGGAGAGCCAACAGUGCGGGCUGAAGUGAUGGAGCAGGUUCCCAAUAUCGCCAUGUUUCUCCAUGAGAGGAGACCCAACUUCCCAGCGGCUUUCUCCAGGUACCUGGUACCUAUUGUGGUGAGGUACCUGACCGACCCAAACAACCAGGUGAGAAAGACGAGUCAAGCUGCGCUGCUGGUUCUGCUGGAGCAGGGUCUGAUCAGCAAGAACGAUGUUGAGAGCAAGGUGUGCCCUGUCCUGCUGGACCUCACCACACCGAACAGCGACGACGACUACAAGAUAGAGGCCGUGGCAAUAAUGUGUAAAUUGGUCUCGAUGUUAACCAAGGACACCGUGGAACAUCUGCUUCUGCAUCGAUUCUGCGAUCUGUGCAGCGACGGAAGGUUGUUCCAAGUUCGUAAGGUAUGUGCGGCUAAUUUUGGGGACUUCUGCAGUAUUGUUGGACAGGAUGCCACAGAAAAACAUUUGAUUGCUAAAUUCUUUGAGCUGUGCUCGGACAGCGUGUGGGGUAUACGCAAGGCGUGUGCAGAGUGCUUCAUGACCGUGUCCAACUCCACCUGCCCUGAGGUCCGGCGGACUAAACUGUCCCCUCUCUUCAUCAGCCUCAUCAGCGAUCCCUCCAGAUGGGUCCGCCAGGCUGCUUUCCAGUCCCUCGGUCGGUUUAUUUCCACGUUUGCGAAUCCCGCAGGCGCAGGGCUGUACUUCAAAGAAGACAAGUGUACUCCAGCAGGGAGGUCUGAAAUCGCUGUUGAGGGCUCCACCUGCAGAGAACAAGACAAGAAUCGCUGUGAAGUCUGGAAAGAUGCACCCACUGCAGGCAGUGAGGCUGCACAGAUCACCCCUAGCAACUGCACUGAAGAGUGGGGUGCUCAGCCAGCAUCGCCCGCCCCCUGCAAAGCAGAGGAGCAGCGCUGUCUUCCAGCUGCCAGCGAGAACAGCAACAACAGUGCAGAAGCGUCUCCGGAGAGCAGCGAGGACACCUACAACUCCUUUAACUACUGGAGACCUCCGCUCCCAGACAUCAGCCAGGACCUGGAGCUGCUGCAGCCCCAAGCCAAGGGGGAGAGGGAAUCCGUCUGGAGCUCCGAGGGACCAGCUACCCGCAGAGAAAUCCAGAAAGCUCUGGAGAGUUUGCAGCCUCACAUGGAUGACCCCGACGUGCAAGCACAGGUACAAGUCCUCUCCGCUGCCCUUAAAGCAGCCCAGCUGGACGCACACUCUGAAGAGGAGCUGCCAGAGGCUAGUCAGGAUUCCUGUGGUACAACACAGCAGCAGCAGGAGCAGCAGGAGCAGCAUGAGACUCCAUUGCUAGCCUCCCCCUCAGAUGGUGUGGACCCUUCAGACAGUGAAGCCCCACCAGUUUCAAACGUGGGUGUUGAGCCCCCUGUGAAGAAACCUCCCCUUGAUUAUGACCCUUAUGAUAAUAGGAUGAUGCCCCAGCUGAUUGAGAAUGUGCAAGAGCUGCACAUGGAGCAGGACCCUGAUCUGCUGUUUGAAGAAGAGACAUCCAAGCUUCAGAAUGUCAUCCCGCAGCAGCUGUUGGACCAGUACCUGUCAAUGACAGACCCUGCCCGAGCCCAGACUGUGGACACUGAAAUAGCCAAACACUGUGCCUUCAGCCUGCCAGGCGUGGCACUGACCCUGGGCCGACAGAACUGGCACUGCCUGAAGGAUACCUACGAGACCCUGGCUACCGAUGUGCAGUGGAAAGUGCGUCGAACCCUGGCCUUCUCAAUCCACGAGCUGGCUGUGAUUCUGGGAGAGCAGCUGACAGCUGCAGAUCUCCUACCCAUCUUCAACGGUUUCCUGAAAGACCUGGAUGAGGUGCGGAUCGGAGUCUUGAAACACCUCUACGAUUUCCUCAAGCUGCUUCAUGCUGAUAAGAGGAGGGAGUACCUGUUCCAGCUGCAGGAGUUCAUGGUGACUGAUAACAGCCGCAACUGGAGGUUCAGAUACGAGCUGGCAGAGCAGCUGAUCCUGAUCGUUGAGCUGUACAGCCACAAUGACAUAUACGACUAUCUGAGGCAAAUUGCACUGACGCUGUGCUCUGAUAAAGUCUCUGAAGUCCGAUGGAUCUCUUACAGGCUGGUGGUGGAGAUCUUGAGGAAGUUCUACAUGAAUGGGGCCAAUGACCUGGGCUUGAACUUUCUCAAUGAGCUCAUAAUGAGAUUCUGCCAUUGCCCCAAGUGGGUGGGAAGACAAGCUUUUGCCUUCAUCUGUCAGGCUGUGGUAGAAGAGGAUUGCAUGCCCAUGGGCCAGUUUGCUCAGCACUUACUCCCCAGUCUUAUUGCGCUGUCUGCAGACCCUGUGGCUAACGUCCGAGUGCUUGUAGCCAAGGCUUUGCGGCAGACUGUACUGGAGAAAGCGUACUUCAAGGAUGCAGGUUGCCCCCAUCAGGAGACUGUUGAAGAGACUGUGAUAGCCCUGCAGGCUGACCGGGACAGGGAUGUCCGGUUUUUCGCUAGUUUGGACCCAUCAGUAAGCACAGAGGACACUGCUGCCUUAAUUUAAUGACACAUCAAUGGAGAAAAAAAACAAACAAAUAGUACUCUGGAGCGAAGCCAGCACACAGUCUGAACAUGCCACAGCGCUCGUGUGCCCUCUGCGCCCCAAAGGUGACAAGUUCAGAAGCCAGCACUGUGACUCGGGUGGGGUUGAGUUCAUCCCGGGCUGUGUUCAGCAGGAGGGCUCCUCUCCUGUGGGACGGGGGUAGCAGUGGUCUGCCGCGCAGAGGUGAAAACCAAUGCACACAGUAUAUAUAUUAUAUAGUAAAGUCUGUUGGAGAAGACGACACGGUAACCGCCGAUGCUAUUUCAGUAAAUGGUGCUGCUCAGAAAGUGGGAUUGCCUGAUGUAUUACAGUAUAAGCAUUUAAUAUAAAAAGAGUAUUUAUAAAUAGUUUCAAUGGUUUUCUUUUAAGCUUACUGUAAUAUAUAUUUUUUUAUUUAUGUUCUUUUAUUUUUAGAAGAAAAGAAAUAGAUGUUUUAAAAAGAAAAGAAAGCAAACACUCAGGGCUCCACACAGUUCAGUUGCCCGUACAUGACCAGGACAUGUCUCGCUCUGUUCUCAAGUCACAGGACUUUUCGUAGCUGACACUGUGCUUGUCUCCUUUUCCUGUAACAGCUGCAGGACUUGAGCUUCAGCUGCAGUUCCCUACCGCCGUUGUGUGCAAAUGGGCUUCUAAAACAGGAGACCACUGACC